AUGUCAAAAAUAGAAGCAGAAAAUCAUAAAGUCAAUGGAAAUAAGCUAUUUGCUGAGAGACGAUUUGAAGACGCCAUAAAAGAGUAUACUUCGGCUAUUAUUAAAGAUGCAACUGUAUGUGUUUAUUAUACAAAUCGUGCUUUAUGUUAUUCAAAGCUGGAGAAAUAUGAUCAAGUUAUAGUGGAUUGUAGAAAAGCGAUUGAAAUUGACCCGAAUAUGGUGAAGGCCUAUUAUUUGAUUGGGCAAGCUUUAACAGAAAAAAAACAACAUACGGAAGCAUUAAAUAAAUUAAAGACUGGAUAUCAAUUGGCAAUUCAGCAAAAGGUAAAAUAUGUAAAUGAUAUACUUCAAGCAUUACUUUUAGCACGAAGAAAGAAAUGGGAGGAUGAUGAAGCGAUCCGACUUGAAAAAGAAUCUGAAUUAUUACGUUAUGUAAAAGGAUUAAUUGAAAAGGAAAGAACCGAGUUAUUAGCCACAGUUCAAGAUCCUAAUGAUCAAGAAGCAAUUGAUACAAUUAAUUAUAACAUUGAUGAACGCUUAGCUAAAGUUCAGACAGUCUUUGUUCAAUCAAAAGAUAAUGCUUCUAGACGUGAAAUCCCUGAUGCUUAUUUAGAUAAAAUAUCAUUCAAUAUAAUGCAUGAUCCUGUAUUUACACCUGAUGGUAUCACUUAUGAACGUCAAUCACUUAUAGAUCAUUUUCAUCGUAAUGGUUAUUUUGAUCCUAUUUCAAGAAGACCUUGCAAUGAACAACAAUUGAUACCUAACUUAUCACUUCGAGAAGCUAUUGAAGACUUUUUAAAAGAGAAUGGAUGGGCUGCAGUUGAAAUGUAUUCAUUUUAA